UCUCUCUCUCUCUCUCUCUCUCCUCUUUUUCUUCCCCCAAAUUCUCCUCAAACCUCUUCACCGGAACCCUAACCGGUUCACAUUCUCCGUUCGAUUUCUUCGGAAGCAGUCUUUCUUGAACGCCGGCGCUUCUUGGCGGUUUCGUCUUCGCUGUGAUUUGAAGCUGAGUUGGUUGAAAACUGGAAAUGACGAUUUUCGCCGGAAAUUUGAGCUCGGAAGGCGGCGAUCGGAGUGUGGUUGCUCCGGCGGAAAUAAACGCUCAAGAACUUUCUAAAGGGUCAAGAAUCAGAUAUACAAGGAGUUAUCUAGUGUCUUUAGCGAAAUUGAGUACAGGAAAAGGAUUACCGAGAGGAAUUGAACCCUCAGUUUUAAGUGAACUUGAUGAUUCUUGGUUGGACCACCCAUGGGAAGUUUCUAAUGAUUCAGAUUCUGAGAGUUGUCAAGGGAAUUACCAAGACAGAGGUCUGCUCAGUUCUGAGAAUAUCGGACUUCUGGGAGUUGGUUCUUUACGAAGAGUCCAAGGUGACAUUGCUGAUGCAUCUCCUCCCAAGGUUGAAGAAAACAUUUUAUCUCUACUUCAUAAGAGCAAAGAGCCAUAUCGGCCUCCACACCUUUUGAAGGCCGAUUGGAAUGAUUAUAAAGAUGAAGCAUGGGUUUCUCCCGAGUAUCUAAGUAAAAAUGGACAGAAGCAAAACUGGGGAAAAGACUUUCCUGAGGUGAUGAAGGCAGGACAGAAGGAAGCAUUACUACAGAAGAAAAAGAAGAAUUCAAGUGAACGUGACAAAAAGGUCCAGCCUAUGAUGCCACUGGACAUGUCUGAAAACGAAGAGAUAAUGAAUUCCCUUGCACCAGAGAAUUCUGAUACAACUGCAACUCACACUAAGAUCGCUGCAAAUUGUAGUGAAUUCGCUCAGUUUCCUGCUAUAGGUAUUGUACUUCUAGUAAAUUAGUAGCUUACUAUUAAUGUGCUUUUGAGUGAAAUGUUUAUGUCUCG